UCCAAGGAAACAUGGCGGCGCACAUUAGCAGAGCUGUGAAGCGACUUCUUCCUCAGGAGAGCGGUGGGCUCCUGCCCGCAGCCUGGCAGUUGUAUGCCGUAGCAUGGCGUUAUCACCAUCACACUGCAGGCUCCUCGCUGCGCUACAUACCCCGCAGGGCCGUUCUCUACUGCCCUGGCAAUGAUGAGCGAAAAUUGAGAAAACUAGCCUCGCUGGAUGUUGACUGUGCCGUCUUGGACUGUGAGGAUGGUGUAGCCCUCAGCAAAAAGACAGAGGCCAGGGAGACCAUUCCUAAGAUGUUAGCAGAACUGGACCUGGGCCGGACAGAGAAGUGUGUGAGGGUGAACUCGGUGUCCAGUGGCUUAGCUGAGGCUGACCUGCAGGUCAUCCUGCAGGCUGAGGUCCUCCCUCCCGCCAUCAUGUUGCCCAAAGUGGAGGACACGCAGGAGGUGCAGUGGUUUGUUGACAGAUUUCAGCACAACUUGAAAGGACGGGCACUGACAGAACCCAUUCGCCUGGUCACCUUUGUGGAAACCGCUGCGGGCCUGCUCAAUUUUAAGGCGGUGUGCGAGGAAAUCCGUCGGCUCGCUCCCAAGGCCGGUCUCCACCAUGACGGCGUGGUGUUCGGCUCUGAUGACUUCUGUGCCAGCAUAGGUGCCACUCGUACCAAAGAUGCCAGGGAGCUCCUAUACGCGAGGCAGAAGGUGGUUGUGACCACCAAAGCGUUCGGGCUGCAGGCCAUCGACCUGGUCUACAUUGACUACAAAGAUGUGGAGGGGCUGAGGCAGCAGGCCAGAGAGGGAGCUCUCAUGGGCUUCACAGGUAAGCAGGUUAUCCACCCGGGGCAGAUUCAGGCUGUGCAGGAAGAGUUCUCCCCGAGUCCUGAGAGGGUCCAGUGGGCCAAAGAGCUCAUUGCUGCUUUUGAUGAACACCAAAAGGAAGGAAAGGGUGCGUUCACCUUCCGCGGCAGCAUGAUCGACAUGCCCUCGGUGAAGCAGGCACAGAACAUCGUGACGCUCUCCGUCGUGGUGCCAGAGAAAUGACACGACUGGUAGGAAGAAACCGGAGAGGAACCGCACAGCCAAACGCUGACGGGAGAGGUCAAAGGAUAAAGGAACUGUUGCAGGUUUCAUGACAAAAGUCGCACUUCAGAAGCUUAUAGACUAUCAGACACACGUGGGUGCUGGUUUGUGGUGUUUAAUUUAAGUUUUUAAUAACUGUUGAAAUGUUUUAAAUGUUGUCGCAGUGGAGUUUAAAAGUUUAAAAUCUACCUUCAGAUGUUUUGACAAUGUAAAAUCUGCACACGGUGAGAACAAGCAGCAGAUCUGCCUCUUGAAACCAUCACUGCCCUGUGUGGCCACAUUUCUUGGCACGCUCCGCAGUGUGCGCGCCAUCAUGCCACUCUCCAGUGUGUGUGUGUGCCCAUGCCACCCAUCUCUCCCAGGUCAUGAUGAAUGCUCUCCCAUCUCCAUGGUCCAGGCAGCUGGGCGAAAGGGUAAACAAACACAACAAGCUACUGUUGUGGGUCUAUUCAUUAGGGCCUCCUAGUCUUCCAGUCAGGCCUCAGCCCCCUGCCCAGGGCCUGACUCACAAACAUCAAAGUGGGGGGAAAAAAAACACAGAUGGAAGUGCGUAAACUCACGAUUUAGCUUUUUUGUGUCAGUCUCCUUAGUAAAGACAUGCAGCUCGCCCUGUGGCAGCUGCGAGCCUGCGGUCCUGAUGAGGAAGGCGUGUGGCGUCGGACACACCAUGACCUGUACGACAAAUAAACACUGCGUACGUGCACAUGCUGCGGCAUUUAACUCAGAGUUAACCUGGAUUUGAAAGUCUUGUUCACCUGUUUUUCAUCUUCAAAUGGUCACUUUUAUAAAAUAAUGAACUCCCGGACAAGUUGAGUAAAGUCGUUUGUUGCGUUGUCACAAAUAAAAGUACAAUGGGGCUCUGUGGAGCGCCUGUGCACGUCUGACUUCCAGAGACAGUGAAGUGGGUGUGAUGUUAGAGUGAGACAGAUUAGUGGCCAUGUUGCUCCAGCAGACCAGGACCGAGGCUUUGUCUCUCUGACUGCGGAUGGGAGGAUAAUUGGGGGGGUGUUGAAUGGUUAAUAGUGCCAUUGGUGACCAUGGUAAUGAAAGGCACCAUACCUCCCCUACCCCACCUCAUCCACUCAUCUCUCCCUCGCUCUCUCUCCACUACUGUAUGAUCUAUUGUGUCUGGGGCAGGACUGUGGUCUGUGCCAGGCCAGGCCAGACAAAAAAAGAUCGAAGGCACUCCUGCGCCCAGCCAAAGACCCCAACAGUAAGCUGUCUCUUUGGCAUUUGGCCACAUAUUUCCCUCACCCCUGGCUCACUUUUUUUUUGCUUGUCGGGAAUUCAAAUUCAGCUUGUUUGUUUGUUUUCGCCCAAUCUACCAUUAUACCCCGAGGUUGGUGGACAAAACUGCUAUUAUGUGUGACUUUCAUUAAAUAAAUCCACAAACAUGAUUUGGGUAGAUCCGAUUUUGAGAGACGGAGACCAGCCGUAUCUCAGAGUUGACUCAAAUGUCAGUUACAGAAUUGUGCUGAGUGCAUAAUGUGUCUUGUUUUUGGUUUUGUCAUGAAAAUGGGCUAUGCAGAUUUUGAUUAAACUUCCAAACACUU